AUGAUACCAUUAUAAGCUGGAUACUAGAAUAGCCCUAUUGAUAGCUAAUAUGCUGAUGGAUUAGACCAAAAGAAUCUCUUCCAGUCAGAUUAAAAAAACAUAUACUCACAAUAUAAUAAUCCGCAUAAUAAUAACUAACACACUCUGAAUACUAAAAUUGUUAACGAUAGUAGAGUAGAUGACAUUAGUAGAAUAAGAAAUCCUAACCAAAUGGGAAUACCCGAAAAUAGUCUAUAAUAUAAAGGAGCAACCAAUCAUCUUAUUAAACUAGAUACCGAGGAUAUAUUUAACUCUGCAAUUAAACAAAUCAAAAACUAAUUAACCUCGUACGACACUCCAUCGGAUAGUAAAUACUUCUAAAGCGGAGUACAAAUUCCAAAUAAUGAUUAUCCAUAAGGCAAAAAAUUAAUGUUCUUGAACUAAUAAUCUACUCCAAGCGAGCAUGAAAAAAAUGCUGAUGCCUAUAACGUUGAUGUAAAAGCUAAAUAAGAAGAUAAGCAAAUCCUUGAAGCUAAAGAAGCUGAUACCCAAUAUUUUUCUUGCAUCACAAAGAAAGAGUUAUUUACCAAUGAUACCUCUGAAUGCGAUGUUAAAAAUACAGUAUCUCACUUCACUUCCAACCUUAAGAAAGAAAUUUCAUUCGAUCCAAAAUAUUCAGUAAUAGCUUCUUCCUAAAAUGCAUUGCAAAAAUAGCAGUCAGCAAUAGCAGUGAAUGGAGCUGAUAAAUACUAAUCACACUAACAGAAUAGUUAGCAUUCAAGUCGCUCCAACACUAGUAAUCAAAACAGCAAAGCCAUUCUUGGAGAGUAACAUCCAAAUUAAAAGUAGUUGAGUGCAGCCGAAUAAGCUAACACAAAUAAGUAGCAUCUAAAAAGAUAAGCCACUAAUGCUACUUCUAGUAGCUCACAUCACAACCCCUACUACUAUAAUGGAAGUAGCUCAGGCAACAUGAAUUAUCAUCACAGCAGUCACUCUUACCACAAUCCAGGCUCAUCCUCCCUAGUAUCUACUAGCCACAGAGGAUAUAGUAAUAGUAGCUUGCAAUAGUAGCAAUAUUAAAAUUCUUCUAGUACUUAAUCUAUUAAUGCUACUUCUAAUAAUAGCAACAAUAGUAACUAUUCUUAUUACCCUAAUCACCCUUCAUCUCAAUAACCUAUGUAUCCUCCUCAUGGUCCUGUUUCUCAUCAUCACUUGCCUCCUAUUUAUCCUCAAGAUGAUAUGGAUUAUGGAUAUACUGACAUGUAUGGAUAUUACUAUCCUUACCAUCAAAUGCCACCUAUUGGAGAGGGAACAGACAGCAAAAAGUAUGAAGGUGAAGGUAGUGAGCCAUCUGAAAUUUUAGAAAGUGAAGAAUAUAAGAAAUAUUACUAUGGUCAUGGUCCUUCCUCAUAUGGAUACUAUUCGAUUCCUCCUACAACAAAUACUUAAAAUAACACUCAAGCUGGUGGAGUAUCUUAAACUUCUCCUUUAGCUCCUACUAAAUGUGAAGCAAACACCUCUGCUGAAAAUGCAAUAAGCAUGGUGCCACCUCCUUAAAAUAGCGAAUAUAUUCAUUAAUAAGAAAAAUAUGAUCACUCACCAUACAUGAGAGGUUAUUAUGAUCCAAAGGGAUAUUACCCUCCACACUCUUAUUAUUAUCCUCCUAUGAAUGAAAUGCAUGUAGGAAAUCCUUAUUAACAGACUAAAAAAAAUUCUAAAAAGACCUCCUCAAGCAAUAAUUAUCAUUCUCACAUCUCAUUGCCUCACUAUCCUAGCGCAAAGGGACAGAACUCAACAGGUAGUUUUUCAAAAUACGAAUAAGGAUAGGAUAUGUACCUUCAUCCAAUAGAACCAUCUUAUAACAGCUAUGGAAUGCACCCACAUCAUUCAUCUGGAAUCUACUGCGACUCUUCGUACUAUGCACAAAACUAAUUAUAAUAAAAGUCUUCAUCAUUGAAUUAUAAAAAACCAAAUCACUAAAGCUAGUGUGAUAAAGAAAAUAUUUAGAAUAAGUCAAACUCAUAAUCAUCAAAAGAAAAUCAUUAACUAAGCAAAGAAAAAAAUGAUUAAAAAAAUAAUAAAGAAAUUUAAAAAAUAGCAUCCUCAAAUUUAUCAAAUAGUCAUAACAGCAAAAAGCACUCAUAAAAUUAACUACUAAACGAAUAGGGAGACAAUAAUGACUGUGACUAGCUUGAUAACUAAGAGAGUUCUUUGCAAAACUAAAGCACAAGCCAUGAAAUAAGAAAGAGAAAGAGAAAAAAUAACGAUUAACUCAAAAUCUUAAAAAUAGAAUAUCAAAAAGGAGGUUUUUGGGGAAAAGAGAAAAUAUUAGAAGUUGCACAAAUUACAGGGCUUUCAGAAUCAUAAGUAUAUAAAUGGUGUUGGGAUUAAAAGAAAAAAAGACUUGAGACCUUUAAGAAGAAGUUAGGCACCAAGAUGCUAGCAGGGUAAGAGUACUAAUAUGAAGAUAUGAGUGGAGAGGGAAUGGAAGAUGAAAGCUACAAACAAACUGGAAGUCCAGAAAAGCUUUUAAAGCUUAAUGAUGCAACAGGCAUAGUCCCAAUUAAAACAAAUAUUUCAAAGUUAAGCAACGACUUUACUAUAAAUCAACUUCAAGAAAAGGUACUUGCAAACAAAAAUAGAGCUCUUCAAAAUAUCACUGAUAAGGUUCUUAGUAAAUAAAAUAGUAAACAAUCUAACUUACCAGCUAAUAUAAAGCUAGAAAAGUAGCAAAGCUUAAAAUUGAGCUCAUAAGAAGGCGCUUAGCAGAAUUAAGAAAACAUUAAUCCUGAAAAUACUUCUCAAUAACUUGAUGAUGUUUCAAAAAGACUUCAAUUUAGCUCUGCAUAUUGA